AUGGCCAGAUUUAACAAUGAAGAAAUUUUGAACUCAGUAGGAUUACCGAGUCAAUUAUUACAACAAAUCAAAAAUAAAGAAAACAAGGGUGAUUAUGACGAUGAUGAAAGUGAAGAUAGAUUUACCAAAUUUGAAAAUAUCCGAGGAACGAAACGGAAAUCAAAACCUAUAAGUCGAAAAGACAAAAGAAAACAAGAAAGGGAAUUGAAGAAACAAAAGAGAAUAAAGAAAGAUACUCAUCCUCAAAAGGUUCAACCUAAGAAACAAAAUGAGAAGACAGCGGAUCCACUUGCGUUAUUGGCAGCCAAAAAGAACAAAAGUAAGUCCAAAAAAGCAGAAGAGGAUAACCCGUUGAUGGCAUUACGAAAGUUGAAAGAAAAUAAAAACAGCAAAAAGACUUCAAAGGCAAAAGAAGACUUCAAAAUUGUAAAGGAAGAUGAAUUAUUGGAAGAUGAAGUAUCUGAUUUAGGUUAUAGUGAAGAUGACCUUGGCAGCGAGAAUAAAGAAGAUUUUGAUGAAGAUGAAAAUAUUGAUAUAGACCCAAUGGAAGCUUUGCGUGCUUUGAAGGAGAAGAAAAAAGGAGUAAACAAGGCAUCUUCUGAUAUAAGAAUAGUAAAAGAAGAUGACUUGGAACAAGAAGAUGAUGAUAUAUCGGAUUUCGAAGAGCUAGAAGAAGAGAAUGACCCCUUGGAAGCCUUGCGUUUAUUGAAAAGUAAAAAGAACAAACCAACUAAAACUUCCGAAAUAAGAAUCGUGAAGGAGGAUGAUUUAGAGCAAGAAAAUGACGAUGAUGUAUCUGAUUUGGAUAGUGAUGAAAAUGUUGAUGAUCAAAACGAAGAGGGAGAAGAUUUUGAAGGUUUUGAAGAGGAAAAUUUUGAUGAAUCAGAUUUUCACUUAUCAGAGGAGGAAGACCCAUUGGCAAAAUUGAAAGCUAUCAAAGAGGCCAAAAAGAAUGGGAAAUCUGAGAAAACCAAGAAAAAGCAGGAAAAAGAAGUGUAUCCAAUUGAUCCUCAUUUGCAAGAGCAAUUCCGCAAAGAUGAUGAAGACAUUGAAUAUUAUGCGAAAAAAUUGGGUCUCAAAAAUGGGAAAAAGGCCAAACUUUCUAAAACUGACGAUAAUGAUAUUAUUGGCGGGCUUUUGGACGGCUUAGAUUUAGAUUUCGAGUCCGAAAUGGAAAACAUAAGUGAUACGGCCGAUGAACAUAUUUCUGAAGAGGAUGAAGAAGAUGACGAGUAUUUCAGUGAUGAUGUGGACGAUUCGGAAAAAAUGAAAGAAAACCCAUAUGUAGCACCUGGACUGGAAGAAACAAAAUCCUCCGAGGAACUGGGGCUAGCUCCACAAAGAUAUAUUCCACCAGCAUUGCGGAAAAAAAUGGCUUUAGAAGCUGGCGAAAGUGUCUCAGAGGAAACGCUCAAAUUAAGGAAAUCUAUUAAAGGUCCCCUCAAUAAGUUGUCCGAAGCUAAUAUUAGUUCCAUUGUCAGUGAAAUAAAUGCGUUAUACUUGUCACAUCCCAGACAGACAUUGAAUGAGGAAAUUACGAAUAUUAUUCUUGAUAGUAUUGUGCAACAGGGAAGACUUUUAGAUACGUUUGUUUAUCUUCAUGCAACUGUUGUUGUGGCACUUUAUAGGUUGCAAGGAGUUGAAUUCGGUGCACAUUUUAUUCAAACUAUCGUGGAGAAAUUUGAAACUUCUAAAACCGAAUCUUCAAAAACAAAAGAAGCAUCAAAUAUAAUUUCAUUGUUGUCUUCAGUAUAUUUAUUUCAAUUAGUGUCGUCUAAAUUGUUAUAUGAUUUAAUCAAAGAAUUGAUCAAUAAUCUUGACGAAAAUAAUGCUGAUUUAUUGUUAAGGUUGAUUCGUAAUUCGGGGAAUCAAAUGCGUUCUGAUGAUCCCUCAGCAUUGAAGGAGAUUGUAUUGUUAAUAAAUGGGAAAGCCUCGACAUUACCAAAGGACGCUGUUAACACAAGAACCCAAUUUUUAAUUGAAACAAUUUCGUCGUUGAAAAAUAAUAAAUUGAAAAUAGUAAAUGAAGCAAACCAUCAGUUGUCUAUUAAAUUGAAAAAGUUUUUGGGUGGAAUCAAUGAAAAUAAAUCAGGCGAUCCAAUUCAAGUUUCAUUAGAGGAUAUUCAAAACGUUGCCACUAGGGGUAAAUGGUGGUUAGUUGGGUCAGCUUGGAAAGGUCACGAGACAGACAAACCAAAAGAUGUUGAUGUUGUGGCUAUGAGUGAUAUUUUGGAUAAUGCUGAACCAAACUGGAUGGAAUUGGCCAAAUCACAAAGAAUGAACACUGAUAUUCGUCGUGCAAUAUUUGUCUCCAUUAUGUCAGCCAAUGAUUAUAUUGAUGCUGUCACAAAGUUAGAUAAACUAGCAUUGAAAAGAAAUCAAGAAAGAGAAAUACCUAAAGUGUUAAUUCAUUGUGCUACUAUGGAACCUUCUUGGAACCCUUAUUAUGGGGUUUUGGGUAACAAAUUAUGUGAUUCACAUUCAUUCAGAAAAACUUUCCAAUUUAUGUUGUGGGAUUUGAUCAAAGAAUUGGAUGGUGGCAGUGCUGAUGACGAAGAGGAGGAAGAUAAUUUCAUUGGAUUUGAUACAUUUGAUGAAGAAAAUAAGAUGAAAAGAAUAUUAAACUUGGGAAGGUUUUAUGGUUUUCUUUUGGCUGAAGGUUCCAUACCCUUGCACAAUCUUCGUACUGUAAAUUUCUUAACAGCUUCAAGUGAUACGGUGCUAUUCUUAGAAGUGUUGUUAGUCAGCUUUUUUGAUCAAGUUGGUAAAAAAUCACGGAAGAACUCCGUUGGUGGUGGUUUACAAAACAAAGCUAAAGGAAUGUAUGAGCAGAAAUAUGAUGAUAGAUUAUUAGUUGAGCGUGUUUUGAAAGCUAAAGACCAAACUACUAUGUUGAGAGGUUUACAAUAUUUUGUACAAGAAAAAGUCAAAACAAGUGAAGUCGUUUCUGGAAAGAAACAAUCGAAAAGAGUAGGAUGGGGGGUCGAUGCCUUGUUUGAUAUAAUUGACGAAUUUUUGAAAGAUUCAGAAGACUAA